UGUCGCCCUCUGGCUGUGAGCACGCGAAUCGCAAUUCUUCACAGUUCUUCUCAGAAGAUGGCGGAGGGUGAGCUUAACGUUGACAGCAUCAUCUCCCGACUCUUGGAAGUGCGAGGAUGCAGGCCGGGGAAGAUAGUGCAGAUGACGGAGGCGGAGGUGCGUGGGCUCUGCAUCAAGUCCCGCGAGAUCUUCCUGAGCCAGCCCAUCCUGCUGGAGCUUGAGGCUCCGCUCAAGAUCUGCGGGGACAUCCAUGGGCAGUACACAGACCUUCUGCGGCUCUUUGAGUACGGCGGCUUCCCGCCCGAGGCCAACUACCUGUUCCUGGGCGACUACGUGGACCGAGGGAAGCAGUCGCUGGAGACCAUCUGCCUGCUGCUGGCCUACAAGAUCAAGUACCCCGAGAACUUCUUCCUGCUGCGCGGCAACCACGAGUGCGCCUCCAUCAACCGCAUAUACGGCUUCUACGACGAGUGCAAGCGCAGGUUCAAUAUCAAGCUGUGGAAGACCUUCACAGACUGCUUCAACUGCUUGCCCAUAGCUGCCAUCAUCGACGAGAAGAUCUUCUGCUGUCAUGGAGGCCUCUCUCCUGACCUCCAGUCCAUGGAGCAGAUCCGUCGCAUCAUGAGGCCUACAGAUGUACCAGACACAGGGCUGCUGUGCGAUCUGCUGUGGUCAGACCCGGACAAGGACGUGCAGGGCUGGGGCGAAAACGACCGCGGCGUCUCCUUCACCUUCGGGGCCGACGUCGUCAGCAAGUUCCUCAACCGCCACGACCUGGACCUCAUCUGCAGAGCGCACCAGGUGGUGGAGGAUGGAUAUGAGUUCUUUGCCAAGCGACAGCUGGUGACUCUGUUCUCGGCUCCCAACUACUGCGGGGAGUUUGACAACGCCGGAGGGAUGAUGAGUGUGGACGAGUCGCUCAUGUGCUCUUUCCAGAUUUUGAAGCCUUCGGAGAAGAAAGCAAAGUAUCAGUACGGGGGUGUGAACUCAGGUCGGCCAGUUACCCCCCCACGCACGGCUCAGGCCCCCAAGAAGAGGUGAGCGCCUGGGCCGUCCAACAGCUACCCGCCCCCCAGGCCCCCACCUUAAUACCCCCAUCUGCCCCAGGGGCACCACAGCUCCACUGCACCUACCAACCACCACCCACCCCACCCCAUCCCACCCCACCCCAUCUCCUCUCUUUCUCUCUUUCUCUCCUUCUGUCUCGCUGAGGGGAGUGCAUACUGCCCCCUCCACACACACACACACACACACACACACACAUUCAAACACAAACACAUAUUACACACACAGUCGCACACACGUAUGCACACACACACCUCACUCAGACUCACACACACACUCCACAUCACUUUCUUAUGUACAUAUAAAAGCGAGAAAUUUGCUGUGACUAAUGUUGCUGUUCCUUUGCUUGUUUGUUGGUCAUUUUUAAGGGAUCCAUAGAAAGUGACUGGUUUUUGCCAUAAGAUGUGUCGUGCUCUGCCCUCUAUGGUUACAAGGUGCAGCAAUAUCAGAUAAAAUCGUUUGUUUGUGUGUGCGUGAGACUAUGCUUGUGCACAUGGGGAUGAUGGUGUGUUUGUGUGUGUACGUGGAAAGGAUACUUUCCUGCCUUCAAUUGAAGAAAAUAUUUGAAAGACAGUGUGUGUGUGUGUGUGCGUGUGUGUGUGUGCAUGCGUGUGUGUGUGUGCGUGUGUGUGCGUGUGGGUGGGUGUGUGUGUGUGUGAAUGCCUGUGUGAAUGUGGCAGGAUAAGAGGGAGGGGUAGGGGCUCUGGUGAGGAUGGUUCAGAGUCCUUGACUGUAUUUAAAAUGUCACUUCCUUCCAAAUGGAUAUUCCUCUUUCCUCCCCAUUCGGAAAGCGGCAAGAACCCCCCUCACCUCAGCCAGCGGGUACAUCUCCGUAUUAGCCCCAUCCGUGUUCUAUCUCUCAUUGGCCGUGGGCUCUUUAAGCCCCGGCCUUUAAGGUACCCCCCCCAAAACCCCCCUCCCGGUCCCUGCAGACCCCCCCACCCGCCCCCCCAGACUCAAGAAUGUUAUCUCUCCUCCAGAGAUGUGUUACCAUUCAACUCCCGAGAGGACGAAAAAGAACCAAGUGUACAUAUAUACCAAACCACUCAUGAGAACCAUAACCAUUCACCCUUAACAACAGCUAAACAAAACUAAAGAAAACGAACAAAACAUACAAAAAAAAAAGAGAGAAAAGAACGUAGUUGUGUCACUCAUUGUACGUGUGUCGUUUUGAUUUAAGCCUGUGAGUUCACACUGGCAAGAGAGAUUCCAGGGCGGAACCUGUGGAAGGGUGUUGACACAAGUGCACAGGUCAGUCAGACAGCAGCUGACCCCCCCUGCUGGCCACCGCAGGCUGUUCCCUCCCGGCGCUCCUCUCUAGCUGGGGAGGGGAGCGUUCAGGGCUUGCUCCUGUGCCCGUGUCAGGCUGUCAGGCUGAACGCACUGUGGAGUCCAAGGCUGAAGAUGAUUUGUGACACCAGAAUCACUCAAAUGUUGACAUCAGGAGCCACGGUACUCGGCUUCCUGAUGUCGUGUUAUUGGGCUUCAAUGAAUUGAGAGAGUGCUGUUGCAUUCUCACAAAACAGAUUGGCACUUGUUUCCCCUCCGUUUCCCUCAGAGUUAAAGAGUUCGCUAUGUGGAGAGCCUCCCAUCAGUUGAAAUGGGCGUACAUGUGCGCUCACAUGGAAUGAGCUAAGAUGGGGGGUGUAUGCUCGAGGUUGCCGUAAGGGCCGUCAGUGUUCACGCAGCACAGUCCUGCCACCUAGUGGCUCCUAUUGAGUCUGCUGGCAUUUAGAGGGGAUCAUCAAAAUGUUUAAUGUGGACCAAGUUUAUGAGGAAAAGCAAUGUGACCAGUCAGCUUUGAUGUUGAGACAUCAAUUUAUGAAAUUCUGUUCGACGCAGUGAUCAACAUCAAACUUUAAUUCAUUUUUAAUACUUCCUCAGACCUCCACUUCCACUAAAGGAAAUACAAAGACCAUAGAGUAUUCAUAUCGUUGAUGAUGGACAUCAACUGUUAGACUAGAACCAAAAGUGACUGUACUCGUCUUUGUGAGCUGGUUUGAGGUGCACGGCCCAGGUGUAGAUACGGAAAGGGAUAUGACUGUUACUGGGUCAGAUGUUGUGGUCAGCAGGUCCUCUUCAGCCUUCGGUCUCCGUCAAUCCUUCGGUCUCCACGCACAUUUGUGCCCGUGAAAAAGGAAGCAUCGUCCGUCUCGUAAGGUCUUUUUCAGGCUUUAAAUUUAGAUUUUGCCGUAUGCCUUGUUUUACUCUAUUAAACCUAACACUUCCUGGUCAGGAAAUGUAAAAGUGUUUUAAAUGACAAAAAAUUGAGAAAAAAAAGUCAGUUUUGAAAUUUGUACCAGUUUGUUUCAGACUCUUUGAGUGGAAUAAAUGGAACUGUGCGGUCAA